UGUGACGACGAUCGAAAGAUAAGGAGCCUCUUCCGUUAGCCUACUGCGAUAAGGCUCUCGGAAGCAUAAUUUCUUCGAGGGUUCCGAAGCAGGUUCCUCACCAACACUGUUACUUGGAGGAACUGAUAAACGGCGGACAGUUUGGUGUGUUUGUUUGAAGAAGUCCGCUGUGUCCAUUCUAUUUGUGUAUUGUGUGUGUACUUAUUUUUUUUUGUAUUUUCAAUAAAUAUACUUGCCCCUUAGUGAGAAUGUUUUUGCUUUGAGUUCAGCCCCAGAUGCGAUAGGGAUUGAGAGUGUGUCUUUGGUAGAUGAUUAGCCUCGAGCCUCAGUCAGUUGCUAAUCGGACGCUUUCCCGGACGGUUCUGGCAGCCUGGUGAAUCCUCCAAGACUCGGUGAUCUAUUCUAGAACGAAAUUACAAGAAAGCACCAAUAUGUCCCAAAAGUUCGACAUCGACACGGAUCCACCGUCCGAGGAGCUGCUCGAGUUCGCCCGGAAAGAACUGCGCGAAACGCCGGAAAUCCGCGAGGCUGCCAUCCUGGAACUGCGCGCCCUGCUCAAGGAGGCCACCGAUCUGCACUACAAGGACGAUGACGAGUUCCUGCUGAUCUUCCUGCGUCCGUGUCACUUCUACCCGGAAAGUGCGCUCAAAAUGAUGCGUCGCAUCGCCGAGUUCAAGAAGAGCAACCACAACCUGCUGCACAACCUGAUGCCGGAGGACGAGAAGCGGGCCUUCACCGAGCACAACGUGGUCAACGUGAUGGCGAACCGCGACCAGAAGGGACGCCGCGUGCUGCUGGUCAACUGUGGCCAGCUGUGGGACCCGAAGGCGGUCAGCUCGGAGCAGCUGUUCCGGCUGUUCUACAUCAUCCAUCUGUUGGCCCAGCUCGAGCCGGAGACGCAAAUCAACGGCGCCGUGGUCAUCAUGGACUUUGACGGACUUGGCAUGAAGCAGGUCAAGGCGCUGUCGCCGUCCUUCUCGAAGCUGCUGCUGACCUUCAUCCAGGAGGCCCUUCCGCUGCGACUCAAGGAGGUGCACAUCAUCAAGCAGCCGUUCAUCUUCAAGAUGGUUUGGGCUCUGUUCACGCCCUUCAUUAAGGAGAAGCUCAACAAGCGCAUGUUCUUCCACGGGGGCAACAUGAAGCAAUUCCACCAGUACGUGAGCCCCGACGUGCUGCCGAAGAACUACGGCGGAAACCUGCCGGAAAUCGAUUACGCUGGCAAGGACUGGUAUCCGUGCACGGCCAAGUACGUGGACCACAUCAAGCGGUACAAUGAGUGUGGAUUUGUGGACAAGGCGGAGAAGUAACGGUCAUUCCAAAGAAUAUUAGGAAUGUAGGGUCCUACAAAUGACAAUUCCAAUCACCAAAUGACAAACGGGUAUAAGAGUAGAAGAAGACGAAGGAGAGAUUAACGAACUGAAGUGAGAAUAUUCUUAUGACUAAAGUUCAAAGUUUACACUUGUUGAAAUUUAUGUGCAUUCCAAAAAUCGUGAAUAUUUCAAAGUUGUUAUAACAUUUUACAGCUAUCUUUGACAAUGUUAGUGUUUUUUUAAAUGUAAUGUUCAUGUUUGAUGGUUUAAAUAAAGUUUUUAUAGCAA